AUGGCCGCCAUAUCCAAAGGGAGUCUGGUUUUCGUUACAGGCGUCAGCGGUCUCAUCGGUUCCCAUGUCGCCGACCACCUGCUUCGAGCAGGCUUCCGCGUUCGUGGUGCAGUGCGAAGUGAGCAGGAAGCAACAAUGAUGCACGAAAUCUAUAAGGGACGCCAUCCAAAGGCAAUUGACCUGUUUCAAACUGUGGUCAUCACAGAUAUGAAAUUACCUGGGGCAUUUACAGGGCAUCUGGCCGGCUGCGAAGGAAUCGCCCACGUUGCAUCUGAUCUUAGUUUCAGUCCCGACCCUAAUGUUGUCAUUACUGGGUGCGUCAAUGGGGUCAUAAGCCUUCUCAACGAAGCCAAGUCGACGCCUUCGAUCAAGCGAUUUGUAUACACAUCAAGCAGCAACGCCGCGACAAGGCCCCUGGUUGGCGAAUCAAGACAUGUGGACUCGUCUUCCUGGAACGACGACAUAUUGGAGGAAGCUUGGGCACCGCCUCCCUUUGAGACUAGCAGGUCAUAUGCCGUGUACGCCGCGUCUAAGGUUGCCUGUGAGCGGGCAGCAUGGACGUUUGUGAGCGAUCAGAAGCCACAAUUUACGUUCAACACUGUGUUGCCGAACUACACUUCUGGAAUUGUUUUGCAGCCUCUCAGCAUUCCGGGUGCGGGCAGCACAGCAAGAUGGGUGCGAGAUGUGUACGACCAUCCCUUCGAAGAAGAGUUCGUAGCCAAGCUGCGGGACGAUAGUCCUGCUUGGCAAGUCGAGGUUGAAGAUGUUGCAAAGCUGCAUCUUGCAGCCCUCUGUCAUGGUGAUGUUGUAGGCGAACGACUUUUUGGCUUUGCCCAUAAGUUCAAUUACAACAGCUUCCUGAAGGUCUUCCGAGAAUUGGCCCCCGAAAGGAAAUGGCCAGAAGACCGGAAUGGACUGGAGUGGCCAAGCACGAUCGUCAACAACGAGCGGUCCAUUGAGUUGCUGCGACGAUUUGGGGCAGAUGGAUGGACCUCUUUUCACGAAAGUGUUCGUCGCUCAUGUUUAAGCCAAUACGGGGAAGGCUUCACUCCAUUCGAUGGAGUUGUUCCGGGGUUCUGA